AUGCCUCUCCAAGUCAUCAUUGUCGGCGCUGGUAUUGGCGGACUCAGUGCCGCUGUUGCCCUCAGGCGCGCCGGCCACCGUGUGCAGGUUUUCGAAAAGUCACAGUUUGCCAGCGAGGUCGGCGCUGCCGUGGCACUCACACCCAAUGGCACCCGUGUGCUCGACCAUCUCGGCUUCGACUGGGUGCGCGCCCGGGCUGACGCCAUGUCCACCUUUGAAGUGGUCGAUGGCGUCACCCUCGCUGGCCUGCACCGUGCCGAUACGUCGGACGCCGUGUCCCGGCUUGGCGCUCCGUUCUGGACUAUCCACCGCGUUGACCUGCACAAUGAGCUCUUGCGGCUGGCCUUAGCUGACCAAGGUAAUGGAGAAUGUGUUCUCCAGCUCGGCUCCAGGGUCGUCUCAGCGGACCCUGACCGCGGCAGCAUCAUCCUUGAGGAUGGAUCCGAGCACGUUGCCGACUUAGUCAUCGGGGCUGACGGCCUGCGCUCCGUGCUCCGUGGUGUGGUGCUUGAGCAGGCCGAGUCGAAGCCCACGCCCUCGGGUUUGAGCGCGUUUCGCUUUAUGAUCCCCACGGCCGAGCUAAAAGAUGAGCCGGCCUUCCAGGAUCUACUAAAUGUCAAAGGUAGAGGCAACAGCGUCUUUGCGGACACAUCUCACAAAACCGAACGCCAUAUGGUCUGGUACACUUGCCGCAAUGGCACACUACAGAACUUUGGCGGUAUACAUGACAGCAUUUCUAACAACAAUAACGAGGGUUACGAAUCCUUGGGCGUAAACAUUAAAGACGCCAUGUUGUCCGAGUUUGGACACUACCACCCAAGUCUAGUCCAACUCAUGCAAAGCUCAUAUUAUGUCCGUAAACAAAGCAAAGCAGACAGGGUUACUGACUGGCCACUCAAUUACCAUGAUCCGCUGCCCACGUGGGUUCGUGGUAAGAUGGGAUUAAUGGGCGAUGCUGCUCAUCCGAUGCUCCCCUUCGGCGCUCAAGGAUCAAAUCAAGCACUCGAAGACGCUGGAGCUCUGGGCGAACUGUUUAGGAAUGUACACUCAGCGGAGCUGGUGCCCGGACGGCUUGCACUGUAUGACCAAGUCCGCAGGUUACGCGCGUCCAGAAUCCAGACUCUUUCGCGCGUCCGGCUUGGCAAAGAGCUGGAAGUGCAGGAUCAACUCCGCCGCUUUGCAGACCCUACCAGUGGAGAAGUGCCCACUUCGUUUGCUGAGCGUCAGACUCAUGACUACGGUGACUAG